UGUUAAUAAUACUCAUCCACUCAAUAAGAUGCGCAAUCAUACACUCAUACCAAUUAAAUACCUUUAAGGUGUGGUAAAUUUAAAAUAGCAGUUAUAUCUUUUUGCAACCAUUAAUUUUAACGUGAAUAGUAAGUUUUUAUGGCUGCAUCCAAGUUACAUAAAUGGCUCGGCUGGUUGUGCGCUUACGUCUGUGUUAUUUGGAGCGUCGAAAGUGCCACCAUAUUGGAUCCAGCUUUAUACUUGUCACCGAGCCCACCCAUGUCACCUGCCAGUGAUACUAUAUCACCAGGAGACUUGUGGUCUUUAAGCCAGAGGCGUACACGGGACACUGAAGAUCUAACUACACACCCAGUUAUUAAAUCAAAACAACAAACAACAACUGCAGCAGAAGAAUCGAUGGAAAAGGCGGAAACUUUCUGGCCAAGACCUCGUACUACAUCGUACGGUCUCCGAGGUAUCCAUGUACCGAUGACUUUCAGUAUAUCUGGCAACUAUGGUAACAACGGUUAUGGCAACUUUGGAGCCACCGGUAUAAUUGGCAGCAGUUAUGCAAGUGUAUCUAAUGAUGACAGCGAUAUAUAUAGUACCUAUGGUAAAUCGGCAUUAGCUGGGAGUAGCUAUGGCAUAUUUAGCUCAGGAUAUCCAGGCAUAAGAAUAUUUGGAAAUUCCGGAAAAUCCAGUUGGAGUGGUUGGGGUAAUGGAAAAUGGGGGCAUUAUGGCAAAGGAUAAAUAUAUUUACAAUAUGUAAUAAAUAUUAUAAACCUAUAUUUAUAACAAUAUAAUUAAAAAUAUAAUAAUUACAUUUACUGGUAAAUAAAUGCAUGUCUUAUAUUUAUGUACCUAAUGACUAUUGUACCAAUAUGAAUAAAAUUAAUCUAGAUAAAAUAACUAUGUAUUAUUUAAAAUAAGACUAAAAUAAGAAAUAACAAAAUAUAAAACUUAAUAAGAACAAAAACUGAAACUAUAUUUGGGAUUUAGAAAAAAAAUAGGUAUAACAACGUAAAUAGAAAUUUACGAAUGCUGCUAAAAUGCUUUUAGUAUAGGUAAUCGUAAAAUACAAUUAAUUAUGUUAAGGACUAGGUCUUGGUAACAGAUGAUUAUGUAGGCAGUCUUGCACAUUCAAACAAUAAAUUCUGCAGUUUUAAAAAAAAAUUGCGUACCAAUUUUAAACGUGUAAUUAGUGACAGUACAAAACGUUAACAGCAUUAAAGUAAUUUAGUACAUAUACAUAACCAACAUGAGCAUAUACUAAUUUAGAACU